UCGGAUGGAUGGAAGAGCAGCAACUGCUUGCAAACUGCUCAUAUUAUUCACUGCAUGCAUGAUGCAGGGCUGUUGCCAAGGAUGUGAGCGGGGGCAGUUCCGCUGCGGCGACGGUCGCUGCAUCCCCGCGGACUGGAGGUGUGAUGGGGCCAGAGACUGCUCGGAUGACACAGAUGAAGCUGGCUGCCCACAACCUACCUGCGAAGGAAAUCAAUUUCAGUGUCACACUGAUGGGGAAUGUAUUCCACAGUCAUGGGUUUGUGAUGAUGAGGAGGAUUGUGAAGAUGGCUCAGAUGAACACCAACAAUGUCCGGGGAGGACGUGCUCGAGUCAGCAGUUCACGUGCUCCGAUGGCCAGUGCGUGCCGGGCGCGUACCGGUGCGACCGCGUGCAGGACUGCUCCGACGGGACGGAUGAGAGAGGCUGCCACUACCCAAGAUGUGAACAGUUAUCAUGUGCAAAUGGAGCAUGCUUUAAUGCAAGCCAGCGAUGUGACGGCAAAGUUGAUUGUAGAGAUUCUUCUGAUGAAGCUAAUUGCACUCGUGGAUGUACCAGUACGCAGUUCCAGUGUGCUAAUGGAGAGUGCAUCCCGCAAGCCUUUGUCUGUGACCAUGAUGAUGACUGUGGAGAUAGGAGUGAUGAAAACUCUUGCACUUAUGCAACUUGCAGAGGCAACUUCUUCACUUGCCCGAGUGGCCGUUGCAUUCAUCAGAGCUGGAUUUGUGAUGGAGAUGAUGAUUGUGAAGACAAUGAAGAUGAAAGAGGAUGUGAAAGUGGUCACCAUGAAUGCUACCCAGGAGAGUGGGCCUGCCCUGGAUCAGGGCAUUGCAUUCCAAUUGGGAAAGUGUGUGAUGGAGCUGCAGACUGCCCUGAAGGAGAAGAUGAAACGAACAUCACUGCAGGCAGACACUGCAACGUGUCGCGCUGCGCUGCGCUGAGCUGCCAGUACCGCUGCCAUUCCUCUCCCUCAGGAGGGAUGUGCUACUGCCCGGCAGGAUAUACCAUAAGCAGCAAUGACAGUCGUACUUGCAUUGAUUUUGAUGACUGUCAGAUGUGGGGUGUCUGUGACCAGCUGUGUGAAGAUCGUGUGGGACAUCACCAGUGCCACUGUGUGGAAGGUUAUUUCCUCGAGCAUCAUCGGCAUUGUCGGGCCAACACUUCAGCUGGUGUUGCAUCGAUUAUUUUCUCCAAUGGCCGUGAUUUACUGAUUGGAGAUCUUUAUGGAAGGAAUUUUCGUACCUUGGUGCAGUCACAGAAUCGUGGGAUUGCAGUGGGAGUGGACUUCCACUUUUACCUGCACAGAAUCUUUUGGACUGACACAGUGCAAGAUAAGGUUUUUUCUAUUAAUAUUGAUGGCUCUGAUUUCCAAGAAGUUUUAAAUGUUUCAGUUGACACACCUGAAAAUCUAGCCGUGGAUUGGGUUAACAAUAAGCUAUACGUGGUUGAGACCAGUGUGAACAGAAUAGAUAUGGUUAACUUGGAUGGAACAAACCGUGUGACUCUUAUUGCUGAAAAUCUUGGAAAUCCUAGAGGAAUAGCCCUUGAUCCAACUGUUGGUUACUUGUUUUUCUCAGACUGGGACAGUCUGUCUGGUGAUCCUAAAGUGGAAAGAGCCUUCAUGGAUGGCACAAAUCGUCAGGAUUUGAUAAAAACAAAAUUAGGCUGGCCUGCUGGAAUAACCCUGGAUAUUGUGUCAAAGAGGCUUUACUGGGUUGACAGCCGGUUUGAUUACAUUGAGACUGUAACUUAUGAUGGACUUCAAAGGAAAACAGUAGCUCAUGGAGGAUCACUGAUUCCUCAUCCAUAUGGAAUCACUUUAUUUGAACACAACGUUUAUUUCACUGAUUGGACCAAAAUGGCAGUGGUGAAAGCUAACAAAUUUUCAGAAUCUAACCCUCAAGUGAUCUACCAGUCUUCACUGAGACCUUAUGGAGUGACAGUUUACCACGCUGCCAGGCAGCCAUUUGUAAGAAAUCCUUGUGGAAGUAAUAAUGGGGGAUGUGAACAGGUCUGUGUUCUCAGCCACAAAACAGACAAUGAUGGCCUAGGUUAUCGCUGCAGGUGUAUCCUGGGCUUCGACCUACACGUGGAUGGACGGCAUUGUGUUGCUGUGCGACAGUUUCUGCUGUUCUCAUCGCAGACGGCAGUGCGGGGAAUCCCAUUCAAUCUCUCCACCCAGGAAGAUGUGAUCAUACCUGUAACAGGGAGCCCUUCCUACUUUGUUGGAAUCGACUUCUCUGCUCAGGAUGACACAAUUUUUUUUUCAGACACAAGUAAAGACAUGAUCUAUAAACAGAAAACUGAUGGUUCAGGAAGAGAGAUCUUGACUGCUAAUAGAGUGGAAAGCGUUGAAGAUUUAGCUUUUGAUUGGAUCUCAAAGAACCUCUACUGGACAGAUCCUCGAUACAGGAGCAUCAGUGUGAUGAGGCUGGCAGAUAAAUCCAGGAGAGCUAUUGUUCAGAAUUUAAAUAAUCCUCGUUCAAUAGUGGUUCAUCCUGUUAUUGGGUAUAUAUUCUGGACAGAUUGGUUCCGUCCAGCAAAAGUCAUGAGGGCCUGGAGCGAUGGAUCCCAUGCCUUGCCAAUUGUCAAUACAACGCUAGGCUGGCCCAAUGGCCUCGCCAUUGACUGGAGUUCUCUGAGGCUAUACUGGGUGGAUGCUUUUUUUGAUAAAAUUGAGCACAGCACCUUUGAUGGGCUGGACAGACGGACUCUUGAACAUAUUACUCAGAUGACUCACCCAUUUGGCCUUACAAUUUUUGGAGGUUAUGCCUAUUUCACUGAUUGGAGACUUGGUGGAAUAGUUCGAGUCAGGAAGUCUGAUGGAGGAGAAAUGACUAUUAUUAGGAGGGGCAUCAGUAACAUCAUGCACGUUAAAGCAUAUGACGCUCAUUCCCAAAUAGGCUCUAACUACUGUAAUAGAGGCACAAAUCCCAAUGGAGACUGCAGCCAUUUCUGCUUCCCAGUUCCAAACUUUCAGAGAGUUUGUGGGUGUCCUUAUGGCAUGAAGCUGGCUCCGAAUCAACUGACAUGCGUUGAAGAUCCAUCCAAUGAGCCGCCCACCUUGCAGUGCGGCUCCCACUCAUUUGCCUGCGGAAAUGGAAGAUGUGUGCCUCGAUACUAUCAGUGUGAUGGUGUUGAUGAUUGCCAUGAUAACAGUGAUGAACAAAACUGUGGUUCUUUAAACAAUACUUGUGCUUCUUCAGCUUUUACCUGUGCCAGCGGACAGUGUAUUCCGGGUCGCUGGCAUUGUGAUAAACAUAAUGACUGUUUUGAUGGCAGUGAUGAAUUGAAUUGUCCUACACAAGGACCCUCUUCAUGCCCUGCAACCCAGUUCACCUGUGAUAAUAGAAGAUGUAUUCCAAGAAUCUGGCUAUGUGAUACUGAUAAUGACUGUGGUGAUGGCUCAGAUGAAAAAAACUGCACUUUCACAGGUACUUGUGAACCCAGGCAAUUCCAGUGUCCAGACCAUCGCUGCAUCGACCCAUUCUAUGUCUGCGACGGGGACAAAGAUUGUAUAGAUGGUGCUGAUGAGCAUGACUGCAUAUAUAACUGCAGCGCCACAGAGUUUAAAUGUCUAAGUGGAGACCAGUGCAUCAGCACCUACUACCAGUGUGAUGGCGUUUUUGACUGUAACGAUCACUCAGACGAGGCCAAUUGCCCUACAAGACCACCAGGGAUGUGCCACCAGCAUGAAUUCCAGUGUCAAUCAGAUGGCAGUUGUAUUCCUGAUCACUGGGAAUGUGAUGGCCAUGUUGAUUGUGCAGAUGGCUCAGAUGAGCAUCACAGGUGUCCUCCCAGAACAUGUCCUCCGUCGCUUUUCCGCUGCGACAAUGGCAACUGCGUGUACCGCGCGUGGAUCUGUGAUGGGGAUAACGACUGCAGGGACAUGAGCGAUGAGAGGGACUGCCCAACUCAGCCCUUCCGGUGCCCCAGCUGGCAGUGGCAGUGUCCAGGUCACAGUAUCUGUGUGAACCUCAGCAAAGUAUGUGACAAUUCUGCUGACUGUCCUAAUGGAGCUGAUGAAUCCCCACUGUGCAAUCAGGAAAGCUGCUCUGACAAUAAUGCUGGCUGUACUCAUGAAUGUAUUCAAGGACCUUUUGGAGCUCAGUGUACCUGUCCUAUUGGAUACCAGCUUGCAAAUGACUCCAAGACCUGUGAAGAUAUUAAUGAAUGUGACCCUCCAGGCUUUUGUAGUCAGCACUGUUACAACGAGAGAGGAUCUUUUAGGUGUUAUUGUGAUGAAGGAUACAUUCUAGAAGCCAAUGGGAGGAUUUGUAAAGCAGCAGAAUCUGGGAAUCUUCUUUUGCUGGUGGCAAGUCGUAACCAAAUUGUUGUGGAUAACAUCACUUCUCAGUCACACAGUAUUUAUUCUCUGGUUCGGGAUGGGACAAAUAUUGUGGCUAUUGAUUUUGAUUCAGUCACAGAUCGCAUCUUUUGGUCUGAUACAACACAGGAUAAAAUCUGGAGUGCUUAUCAAAAUGGGACUGACCGAAAAAUAGUGUUUGACAGUGGUGUCACUGUGACUGAGAGUAUAGCAGUGGAUUGGGUGGGUCGUAACCUUUACUGGACAGACUUUGUUCUGGAAACAAUUGAAGUCUCCAGAAUGGAUGGGAGCCACAGGACUGUGCUGAUCAGUGAAAAUAUAACAAACCCAAGAGGACUAGUGUUAGAUCCUAGAACUGAUGCUCAUGUAAUGUUCUGGACGGACUGGGGCCAAAACCCCCGAAUUGAAAAAGCCAGCAUGGAUGGCAAAAUGCGCACAGUGAUUGUUAAUAAUAAAAUCUACUGGCCCAAUGGACUGUCCAUUGAUUAUCCAAAUAAACUUCUCUAUUUUGCUGAUGCUUAUCUUGACUAUAUCGAUUUCUGUGAUUACAAUGGAAACAACAGACGACAGGUGGUUGCAAGUGAUCUGAUAUUGCAGCAUCCACAUGGUCUAACUGUCUUUGAAGAUUUUGUGUACUGGAGUGACCGUUAUACUAAUCGAGUAAUUCGGGCCAAUAAAUGGCAUGGAGGAAACCAGACAGUUAUGAUUUAUAACAUUCACCAGCCUUUGGGUCUUGUGGCAGUCCAUCCUGUAAAGCAGCCUGAUGGUAUUAAUUCCUGUGCAUCAUCCCCCUGUAGCCAUCUGUGCUUACUUUCUUCAUCUGGACCACUUUUUUUUUCCUGUGCAUGCCCUUCCGGGUGGAUCCUUUCUCCUGAUAACAGGAACUGCAUGAGAGUUGAACACCCUUUCCUUAUUGCUGUAAGAGAUAAUAUCAUUUACGGAAUUUCUCUGAACCCUGAGGAGAAGACAAAUGAUGCUAUGGUUCCAAUAGCAGGAGUUCAAAAUGGUGUUGAUGUUGACUUUGAUGACUCUGAACAGAUGAUUUAUUGGGUUGAAAAUCCAGGUGAAAUUCACAGAGUGAGGUCAGAUGGAGCCAACAGGACAGUGUUUGCUCCAGCUGCUGUUAUUGGUGCUCCUACUGGUCUGGCACUAGACUGGAUAUCUGCAAACCUGUAUUACACAAACCCAGGGACACAGUCAAUUGAGGUCCUGAAGCUGCAUGGUGACAUAAUGUACAGGAAAACACUGAUUACCAAUGAUGGCACCUCUCUGGGAGCUGGCACACCAAUUGGUUUGGCAGUUGAUCCAGCAAGAGGGAAGCUGUACUGGACAGACCAGGGAACUGACAGUGGAGUCCCAGCAAAGAUUGCCAGUGCAAACAUGGAUGGCUCAGGCAUACAAACCCUCUUCACUGGCAACCUGGACCAUGUGGAGUUUCUUACCAUUGACAUUAAGGAACAGAAGUUGUACUGGGCUGUCACAAGCACAGGGAUGAUUGAGAGAGGCAACUUGGAUGGUACAAAUCGUGUGACUCUGGUGGUUCAUCUUUCUCAUCCCUGGGGAGUUGCUGUGUACGGGACCUUUCUGUACUACACUGAUCGAGAUUAUGAAGUGAUUGAACGAGUUGACAAGGCCACCGGUGCAAACAAAGUCGUACUGAGAGAUAAUGUCCCAAGACUGAAGAGCCUACGAGUGUAUUACAGAGACAAUUCUGCCGGUUCCACAAAUGGCUGCAGUAAUAAUAUUGGAGUGUGCCAGCAGCUUUGCCUGCCUGUACCUGGUGGAUUAUUCACCUGUGCCUGUGCUACUGGCUUUCAGCUAAAUCCUGAUAACAGAACCUGUUCCCCAUACAGUUCAUUUGUAGUUGUUUCUAUGCUCUCUGCAAUUAAAGGAUUUAGUUUAGAGACAUCAGAUCACUCUGAAGCCAUGGUACCACUGGCAGGAAGAGGACGAAAUGCACUUCAUGUGGAUGUUCACAUGCCUUCUGGUUUCAUUUUCUGGUGUGACUUCAGUAGCACAGUUUCUUCUCAGAAUGCAAUACGUAAAAUUAAACCUGAUGGUUCUUAUUUUAGAAAUGUUGUUACAAAUGGAAUAGGACGAAAUGGGAUCCGUGGCAUUGCAAUUGACUGGGUAGCAGGAAAUCUUUAUUUUACAAAUGCCUUCCUGACAGAGACUUUUAUAGAAGUUUUGCGCUUAAACACAACUUAUCGCCGUGUGCUUCUGAAAACUACCAUAGACAUGCCAAGGCACAUAGUAGUUGACCCAAAAAACAGAUAUCUCUUCUGGGCUGAUUAUGGACAAAAUCCAAAGAUUGAACGUGCGUUUCUUGACUGCACCAACAGAACGGUUCUUGUGUCCGAGGGCAUUGUCACACCUCGUGGCUUGGCCAUAGAUCACAGCAAUGGCUACGUUUACUGGGUGGACGAUUCCUUAGAUAUGAUUGCAAGAAUUCAGCCCGAUGGUGGUGAGGUUGAAAUUGUGCGUUAUGGCAGUCGCUAUCCAACUCCAUAUGGUAUCACUAUCUUCGGCAAUUCCAUGAUCUGGGUGGAUCGAAACCUGAAAAAAAUCUUCCAAGCCAGCAAGCAGCCAGGCAAUACUGAUCAGCCAACAGUAAUAAGAGAUAACAUUAAUUGGCUAAGGGAUGUUACAAUUUACAACAGUAAUUUCCAGUCACGUUCUCCCCUUGAUGUCAACAACAAUCCUUGUUUGGACAACAAUGGAGGUUGUUCUCACCUGUGUUUUGCUCUCCCUGACAUUCAGACACCGAAAUGUGGUUGUGCCUUUGGAACGCUCGGCAGUGAUGGCAAGAGAUGUUCCAUUUCAACAGAUGAUUACCUGAUUUUUGCUCUUGAAAAUGGCCUCAGAAGUAUCCACCUAGAUCCUGAAAACCACAGUCCUCCCUUCCGCACAGUCAAUGUGCUAAGAACUGCUGUGGCCCUGGAUUUUGACAGCAUAAACAACCGAAUAUAUUUUACACAAAGUUUUCCUUCAGGAACAGGAAGAAUCAGUUAUGUUAGUGUUUACUCAGGAAUUAGCUCUCCAACUGUAGUUGCAUCUGACCUGGGGACUCCAGAUGGCAUAGCCUUUGACUGGAUCAACAACAGAGUUUACUACAGUGACUACCUCAAUCAGACCAUCAGCUCGAUGGCUGUGGAUGGAUCAAACCGCACCGUGAUCGCCCGCGUGCCACGGCCCAGAGCCAUUGUAUUAGAUCCCUGCAGAGGGUAUAUGUACUGGACUGACUGGAGUUCAAAUGCAAAGAUUGAACGAGCUACCCUUGGAGGAAACUUCAGAACACCCAUUGUGAGCACAAACUUGGUAUGGCCAAAUGGACUUACCCUGGACUAUGAAGAACAGCAGCUGUACUGGGCUGAUGCAAAUCUGCAGAAGAUUGAGAGAUGCACUCUCACUGGUACAAAUCGUGAGGUCAUUGUUAGCACUGCUCUGCAUCCAUUUGCAAUGACAGUGUUUGAUCAGCACAUAUAUUGGACAGACUGGAACACACGAAGCAUUUACAGAGCUAAUAAGUAUGAUGGUUCAGAUCAGAUUGUAAUGAUCAUGAAUCUUCCACAAAGACCAAUGGAUAUUCAUGUCUGGGCAAAAAGUAAGCAGCAGCAGUGUAUGAAUCCUUGCAACCAGUUCAAUGGUGGCUGCAGUCACAUCUGUGCACCAGGUCCAGCUGGUGCAGAAUGUCAGUGCCCCUCUGAAGGUCGCUGGUAUUUAGCCAAUAACAACAAGCACUGUAUUGUGGAUAAUGGUACCAGGUGUGAUAAUGGUUUCUUCACAUGCCUUAAUGGACAUUGUAUCUCUGAGCGGUGGAAAUGCGACAAUGACAAUGAUUGUGGUGAUGGCAGUGAUGAGUUGGAAAGUGUGUGUGCUUUCCAUACUUGUCAGCCAACAGCUUACACCUGUGGCAAUGGGCGAUGCGUACCCUACCAUUACCGCUGCGAUCACUACAAUGACUGCGGAGAUAACAGCGAUGAGCUGGGCUGCCUCUUCCGAACCUGUGACUCCCACACGGAAUUUACUUGCAAUAAUGGAAGGUGUAUAUCCCUUCAGUAUGUCUGCAAUGGAGUAAACAACUGUUAUGACAAUGGCACAUCAGAUGAGAGGAAUUGUCCGGAGCGUACGUGCCAGUCUGGUUUUACAAAAUGUCAAAGCACAAAUAUUUGCAUUCCUCGAACGUACUUGUGUGAUGGUGAUAAUGACUGUGGAGAUAUGAGUGAUGAGAGUCCUACUCACUGUGUCUCUCUGACUUGCACAAAUAGUGAGUUUCGUUGUACAUCGGGACGUUGCAUUCCUGCCCAUUGGUACUGUGAUCAAGGAAUAGAUUGUGCUGAUGGCUCUGAUGAACCUGCCUCUUGUGUGCCCCAAACGCGGACUUGUUCGAGUGAGCAGUUCAGAUGUGAUGAUGGCAGAUGUAUCCCGGCAACGUGGAUCUGUGAUGGUGAUAAUGACUGUGGGGAUAUGAGCGAUGAGGAUCAAAGACAUAAUUGUGCAAACCGCAACUGCACAGCAGCAGAGUUCACUUGUGCCAACAAUCGACCCCCGCUCAGGAGGUGCAUUCCUCGGGCAUGGGUCUGUGAUGGUGAUGCUGACUGCAGUGAUGCUCUUGAUGAACACCAGAACUGCACACGAAGGUCUUGCACAGAAAAUGAGUUUACCUGUAGUAAUGGCUUGUGCAUCCGUAACACAUACAGGUGUGAUAGGCGGAAUGACUGUGGUGACAGCAGUGAUGAAAGAGGAUGCAUCUAUGAACCGUGUCAACAGCACCAGUUCACUUGUCAGAAUGGGCGCUGCAUUUCCAAAGCCUACGUCUGUGAUGGGGAUAAUGACUGUGGUGAUGAAUCUGAUGAGCUGGAACAUCUCUGUAGUACACCAGAAGCGACCUGCUCUCCCCAUCAUUUUAAGUGUGACAAUGGAAACUGCAUUGAGCUGGUUAAAGUCUGCAAUCGGUUGGAUGAUUGCUUAGAUAACAGUGAUGAAAAAGGAUGUGGUGUAAAUGAAUGCAGUGACCCUUCAAUCAGUGGAUGUGAUCAUGACUGUACAGACACACAGACAAGUUUCUACUGUACUUGUCAUCCCGGAUACAAACUUAUGUCUGAUAAAAGGACUUGUGAUGAUAUUGAUGAGUGCAAUGAAACUCCAUCAGUAUGUAGCCAGAUUUGUGAGAACACAGCUGGCUCCUACAUCUGUAAGUGUGCCCCAGGCUAUAUCCGGGAGCCUGAUGGAAAAAGUUGCCGGCAAAAUAGUAAUAUCUCCCCAUACCUUAUUUUUAGCAACCGUUACUAUCUGAGAAAUCUCACAGCAGAUGGCCAGUCUUACUCUCUCAUUUUGCAAGGACUGAGAAAUGUGGUGGCACUGGACUUUGACAGGGUGGAAAAGAGGUUAUACUGGAUUGAUGUGGGGAGGAAUGUCAUUGAACGAAUGUUCCUAAAUGGGACAAAUAAGGAGACAGUGAUAAGUGAUGAUGUGCCCAACGGGGAAGGUAUCGCUGUUGACUGGGUUGGCAGAAAAUUGUACUGGGUGGAUGCCUACCGAGAUUGUCUCUAUGUCUCUGAACUUGAUGGAAGAUUCCGGAAAAAACUGCUGGAUCGGUGUGUGGAUGCCAACAAUACUUUCUGCUUUCAGUAUCCCAGAGCAGUUGUUGUUCAUCCAAAAUAUGGACAGAUUUACUGGACAGACUGGGCAGAUCGAGCCUAUAUUGGACGAGCUGGCAUGGAUGGCAAGGAGAAGACUGUAAUCAUCUCUACCAAGUUAGAGUGGCCCAAUGGACUUACCAUAGAUUACACCAAUGACAAGCUCUACUGGACAGAUGCCCAUCUAAACUAUAUUGAGUACUCUGACCUGGAUGGACAUCAUCGUCACACGGUGUACGAUGGGACUCUACCUCAUCCAUUUGCAAUAACAAUUUUUGAAGACACAAUAUAUUGGACUGACUGGAACACAAGGACAGUUGAAAAAGGAAAUAAAUAUGAUGGAUCAGAAAGGACUGUUCUUGUGAAUACCACGCACAGACCAUUUGACAUCCAUGUUUACCAUCCAUACAGACAACCAUUUGUUAAUAAUCCUUGUGGCACCAAUAAUGGUGGUUGUUCCCAUCUUUGCCUAAUAAAAGCUGGUGGUCAGGGGUUUUCCUGUGAAUGUCCUGAUAACUUCAUGGUCAUACAGUUUGGCAAUACAGCCCACUGCCUUCCAAUGUGCUCUAGCACCCAGUUUCUCUGUGCAGACACUGAGAGGUGUAUUCCCAUCUGGUGGAAGUGUGACGGGCAGAGGGACUGUCGAGAUGGCUCAGACGAGCCCCCAACCUGCCCGCACCGCUACUGUCCUGUGGGGCAGUUCCAGUGCAAUGAUGGCAACUGCACAAGCUCACAUUUCUUAUGCAAUGCCCAGCCGGACUGCCAUGACAGAUCGGACGAAGAUCCUGUACUUUGUGCCAAUCACCAGUGUGAAACUCAUCAGUGGCAGUGUGCCAACAAACGAUGUAUCCCAGAAGCCUGGCAGUGUGAUAGAGAGGAUGACUGUGGUGACAACUCAGAUGAAGACAGUGCUCACUGUGCCAGUAGAACCUGUCCCCCAGGCCAAUUUAAAUGUGACAAUGGCCGCUGUAUCCCACAGUCCUGGAAGUGUGAUGUGGAUGAUGAUUGUGGUGACAACUCUGAUGAGCCAUUCCACGAAUGCAUGGGACCUGCUUAUCGAUGUGACAAUCACACACAGUUCAGCUGUAGAACCAACUACCGUUGCGUACCAUUGUGGGCAGUGUGCAAUGGGAAUGAUGACUGUAGAGACAACAGCGAUGAACAAGGCUGUGAGGAGAUGACUUGCAAUCCUUCUGGAGAUUUCCGUUGUGACAAUCAUCGAUGUAUCCCGCUGCGCUGGAAGUGUGAUGGAGAUGAUGACUGUGGAGAUAACUCUGAUGAGCAUAACUGCAGUCCUCGUGAGUGCACAGAAAGUGAGUACCGUUGUGACAACCUGCGCUGCAUUCCUUCCCGGUGGAUCUGCGACCACGAUGACGACUGUGAGGACAAUUCAGAUGAACGUGACUGUGAGCUGAGAACCUGCCACCCAGGUUAUUUCCAGUGUGAGAGUGGACACUGUGUUGCAGAGCGCUUCAGAUGUGAUGGAAAUGCAGACUGCCUUGAUUUCUCUGAUGAAGCAACUUGUCCAACACGGUAUCCUAAUGGUACAUACUGCCCACCCAUGAUGUUUGAAUGCAAAAAUCAUGUCUGUAUUCAGCCAUACUGGAAAUGUGAUGGGGAUAAUGAUUGUGGAGAUGACUCUGAUGAAGAACUUCAUCUUUGCUUGGAUGUUGCCUGUGAAUCUCCGUUCCGUUUCCGGUGCGACAACAAUCGCUGUAUUUACAGUCACGAGCUGUGCAACCAGGAGGACGACUGUAGAGAUGGGAGUGACGAGAAGGAGGAACACUGUAGAGAGCCAACACCAAGACCUUGUAAAGCUGAAGAAUUCAAGUGCAGUAAUGGAAAUUGCAUUCCCCUACAUUAUGUCUGUGACAAUUAUGAUGACUGUGGAGACCACUUUGAUGAAAUAGGCUGCAAUCCUGGAACAGAGCGAACUUGUGCAGAAAAUAUCUGUGAACAUAACUGUACCAAUCUGAAUGAAGGAGGCUUUAUCUGUUCCUGUAGGCCAGGGUACAAGGCCAGUGAAAAUAAUCGCAACUCCUGUGAAGAUAUCAAUGAGUGUGAGAUCUUUGGAACAUGCACCCAGGACUGCAAGAAUUCCAAAGGAAGCUAUGAAUGUUUCUGUGCAGAUGGCUUCAGGUCCGUGGGUGAUCAACAAGGGAAGCAGUGUGCAGCUGAUGGUAAUCCUCCAUUGUUACUGCUGCCAGAUAAUGUGCGCAUUCGAAGGUACAACAUCUCAUCAGAGCAGUACUCCGACUAUAUCGAUAACCAGGAGCGCAUCCAAGCCCUGGAUUAUGACUGGGACCCUGAAGGGAUAGGCCUGAGUAUUGUGUACUUCAGCAUUCUGGGACAAGGUUCUGAGUUUGGAGCCAUCAAACGUGCUUAUCUCCCCACGUUUGACAGCAGUAGGAACAAUCCAACGAAGGAAGUUGACUUGAAUCUCAAAUACAUAGUUAAUCCUGAUGGGUUAGCUGUUGACUGGGUUGGAAGACAUCUUUACUGGACUGAUGCAGGAACUAAUCGCAUAGAGGUGGCAAAAUUAGAUGGACGCUAUAGAAAAUGGCUUAUUUUUUCUCACCUGGAUCAACCAGCAGCUAUUGCUGUCAAUCCAAAACGUGGGCUCAUGUAUUGGACUGACUGGGGAAGGCAGCCAAAGAUUGAAUGUGCCUGGAUGGAUGGACAACAAAGACAAACUCUGGUCUCUGAAGACCUUGGCUGGCCAACUGGUCUUUCUAUUGAUUAUUUGAACAAUGAUAGGAUCUAUUGGAGUGAUUCUAAGGAAAAUAUAAUUGAAUCCAUGAGACCUGAUGGGACAGACAGAACCAUUGUACUACAUGGAGUAGGCAGUCCAUACAGCCUUGAUGUCUUUGAAGGCCAUUUAUAUUGGAUAGCUAAAGAACGAGGAGAAGUCUGGAAGAAGGAUAAAUUUGGAAAUGGAGAAAAAGUGAAAGUUCUGACCGUAAAUCCGUGGCUUACCCAAGUGCGCAUCUAUCACCAGCACAGAUACAAUCAGUCAGUGCCUAAUCCUUGUAAAGAUGUCUGCAGCCACCUCUGCUUGCUGAGACCAGGAGGAUACACCUGCUCAUGUCCUCAAGGGACUCGGUUCCUAGAAGGCAGCAGCACGGAAUGUGAUGCAGCUAUUGAAUCCCCUCCCACAAUGCCACCAGCUUGCAGGUGCAUGAAUGGUGGAACGUGCUAUAUAGAUGAAAGCAGCCUUCCCAAAUGCAAAUGUUCUUAUGGAUACACUGGGAAUUAUUGUGAAAUAGGAUUGUCAAAAGGAGUCCCUCCUGGAACAACAGCAGUAGCAGUGUUGCUGACAGUCGUACUGAUCAUCAUCAUUGGAGUGUUAGCGGUCGGAGGCUUUUUCAACUACAGACGGACAGGCUCCCUUUUACCAGCACUUCCCAAACUACCAAGUUUGAGCAGUCUUGUAAAAUCUAAUGAAAAUGGCAAUGGGGUAACGUUCCGAUCUGGAGCAGAUGUGACCAUGGACAUAGGAGUCUCUGGCUUUGGGGGAGAUUCAGCUAUAGACAGAGCGAUGCAAAUGAAUGAAAACUUUGCAGUGGAGUCGGGGAAACAACCAAUCACGUUUGAAAAUCCAAUGUAUACAACCAGAGAUGGUGGAGCCAGCACAGCUGGUGCAGUUACAGUCAUUCGGCCAACACUUGUAGCAGCAGCUGGUAGUGGGGAAAAUGAAAAUUUUGAAAACCCUGUGUAUUCCUCUGGGAUAUCUACCAGCCCGAAGGAAACCCCUCAGAGUACAGAUGCACCUCCGGAAUCAAAGUGGAGUUUCUUCAAGAGAAAAAAGAAGCAAAACACUAAUUUUGAAAACCCAAUAUAUGCAGAGAUGGAAAAGGAGCAGCAACAGGACACAGAAAAUGUCCCUACCCAUUCUCCUUCACUGUCUCCCAAGAUUAUUCUGAAGAGAGACCAACCCCUAGCUUACACAGCAACAGAGGAUACGUUUAAAGACACCGCCAACCUUGUUAAAGAGGACUCUGUGGUGUAACUAGGUAACUCAUUUAGGGAAAUUAGACACAUCCAUUUGCACAUAUAUUUUUUAUAAACAGAAGAGUAAGGUUCACAUUCAAAUGCUUUAUAAAAAGAUAUACAUCUCUUAGCCAGUGGCUGGAGAUGUAUGUUGAAACUAUGCCUUGUU